UACCCACAGAUGUUUCAGGGACAAAAACCUGAUCCUGAUAAAGAAAAAGCCUUGAAAGCUGCUCUGACUUAUUUGGACUCGUGUGUAGAAAAGAGUCCGUAUGUUGCUGGAGAACAUCUCACCAUUGCUGAUCUAGCACUUGGAGCAUCUCUAACAUUAGCUGAGGUAACUUUAGGUUCUAUCUCUCGUAUCAUCUCUAACACUAGCCGAGAUAAGGUUACAUUUUCUUCAACAAGAUCUGGCUCUAUAUCAUCUCUAACACUAGCCAAGAUAAGGUUACAUUUUCUUCAACAGGAUUUAGCUCUCGUAUCAUCACUAACACUAGCCAAGAUAAAGUUACAUUUUCUUCAACAAGAUUUAGCUCUCGUAUCAUCUCUAACACUAGCCUAG